UUACAUUGCCAACGGUGGGAACCGACACUACGUAGCUUGAUUAGCGAAGGUUUGCCAGUAUUCUUCACAAUAAUAAAAUUUAGCAAAAGCUUAUUUUUCAUAUUUAAACGAUGCCAACGGUCCCACAUCAUGUCGCAUAUGUCAAACAAUCUGUCAAUUUUGAAGGGGAAUACAAGAACCGAAAAUACUGCAUCAGAACUCUUGGGCUCUACUGAAAUGAAGGGCUUUCCCCCCAAAGACUCCUCUGAUUCAGAAGAGGGAGAGGCUCUUGACAGACUGAAGAAGGAGAGAGCCAUGGACAGCCUACUGGCCUUCUUACAGCAGGAAGUGGAAAGCCCGACACAGACUGAGUUGCUGCUCCAGCACAGGCUACAGACCUUGAAGGAGGCCCACAAGCAGCAGCUACAGAAGACAGAGUAUCUGCACCAACAAAGUCUGGAGAAGAGGAUGUUGCACAACUCACUGCUCAUUGAAGGAAAUGAGAGAAAUACCAGUGCUGAGAAGCACCUAGACAAAUUCUUCAGCUCACACAACAAGACUGACACUAGUAUAGAAACGGAGACUCCAAGGUGUAAAGGCCCAAGGAAGUCCCACUCCAUGUCUGACCUCAGUUCAGUGAAAACAGUUCCUACUAGGGCCUCCCCACAGCCUAGAGCAUCCCAGAUGCCUGCCACUAUCUCUGUAGCCUGGGCCUCAGGUACAACAGCACCAAAACCCUUCAGCAUGAGCCUGAGAGAAACUCAGAGGAGAUUUCAGCUGCUCCAAAACAAAAUGCCUCUGGAUGUUGAGACGGACCUGGAAAGCAAAAGGAAGGCAGAGGAGGCAGAGUGUCAAAAGCAGUUCCGUGCUGCACCUGUGCCUGGACAUGUUAACCUUUCGCUCUACCACGUCAUCACAGAGGCCCAGGAGAAGGCAAGGAAGACGGGUGUGGAGCAAAGGAAGGAUUUCUUGCUUUCCGUGCAGAAACCCUUUCGUUUUAUGGAGCGAGAAGAGAAAAAGAAACAGGAGUUGACUAAACAGCUGAGCAGCUCAGCCCCUUCAGCCAACACUGCCGUGUCCAAUGAAGUAAGGAGGUCAAUCCCCAAAGCAGUCAUGGACCCAGGAGUUAGUGACCAUCUGAAAGAAAAAGAGCUGAGCAGGAAGAUUCGUAUACAGACUCGGGCACAGGAGAUGCUCAGAAACUCCAUGGCGCCAAUUGAGACACAGGUGCACAGGGAAGAUCUUGAGAAGCGUAGUGCCGACCGCACAAAGAAGCAGGCCCUAGGGUUGCUGGAAGAGAAGCCCACUUUCAAGCCCACAACGAAUGCCAAGGUGCCAGAUUUUGACAGGCUGUACCGGGCCUUCCAGAAAGAGGCUUUGAGGAGGGCAGAAAUGAAGGACGUCACUCGGUGUCAGCCCUUCAAACUACGUACCUCAGAUUUGCCUCAAAGACAGAGCCAGAAGAAAACUGAACUAUCACAGGAAGAGCUAGGCAAGACCUAUCUGAAGAGAAGCCAUUCCUUCAGUGGCAUCACGUCUCUUUCAACUGACACACUUCCCACCUACAUCACAGAUGAUGCAAGGAAGCGCUGCUCUGCUAUCAGACGGUCUAUGGAGGAAAAGGUGAACAAGGAGCAUGAGAAUGCACAGUGGAUGCAAGUACACAAGAUAAAAGCACAGUCCAUGAAAAAUACUGUGACCUCACGGGCAAAGGCUAUGGACCCACACAGGAGUCUGAAGGAGGUGUACCAAGAGAAGCUGAAACAACACCGGGAGACAGACCAAAAGAGGAUGAAAGAGUAUAAAAGAGAGUUACAAGAGAUGAAGACACGAGUCAAGGUCCGUCCAUACCUGUUUGAACAGGUAUCACAGAAAAAUGCAAAGUCAGGUGCGGAGCGGCGAUAUAGGGUACGGUUGGAGCAGGAGGGGUUAAAUGAGCAUUUUGUGCAAAAGAAAGGGGAAAGCAUUGAUGUGGGGGAAAGCAUCACAGUGACACCUCCCCUUACAUCUGAUGAGGUCCACAGCAGUGAGAUUGAUGCCCGGAUUACGAAUAUAGGUACAGAACAUUCAGCAGACAUUUGUGUGAAGGAAAAGGAAGUGUAUGAACCAACCAGGAAAAAACCAAAUGAAAUUUCCAUUUCACAGAUGAGAGCAUUGUGCGCAGAAUAAUGAGUAGAGUUUCUGCAUUCAGUUUCUAACAUUCUUUAAUUCAUUGUUGUGUCUAGAAAUCGUAGAUUUUACAAGUGCACAUCAGGCUUUUAUAAUUUAACUGGUAUUACUUGAAUUAUAAAGUGCAUUUGACACUGUAAUAAGGGGUUCAUAUACACUAUAUUUUUAUAAUUGAGAAUAUUACAUAUGCUUAAAUUUGAAUUACCAUUGGUCAGGGAUUAUACCCGUUUAACGCAAAUUCAUUAAAGGAAAUUGUGCAGCUGCACACUCCUACAUAAUUACAAGAAGCAGUCAGACUUUGUUACAAGACUUGCAGCUUUGGUUUCAAAGGAGGAUAACCUAGCAUUUUGGAGAGCAAUAGAAUAUGGUGUAACCACAGAAUUCCCAAAUAAAAAUUCUACGAUGUUCAAAA